GUCUGUUGUUGUCUCAAGGGACAGUGGGUCUGUGAGUGCUGCUCCUCUUCUCCUCCCCUCUCCACUCUGUCUCUCCUCACUCUCCUGGGUCCAGCUCGACACCUGCUCCUUGCAGUAUAGGCGCAGGGCAGGGCAGGGGUAUCUAAGCAACUGGAGGCGACGCAAGUGGCUUCACAUCAUUUUUGUUUGUGUCCCUCGCUCUUCCGCUCUAUCCUGACUUCCUCACUCCACCUGAAACCAAAGCGGAGGAAAACAGACUAUUCAACUACACCCAGAAGUCGGAUUUUCCUUGUUUCUUCCCUGUGUUCUCUGUCUCAGUAAAUGUUUAACAGCAGCAUGUGUGAAAGCUCCCGCUCAGUGAGCAAAGUCUAAAGUGAAAGAAAAAAAAAAUGCCAUUAUUGACUGUCCCUCUGCUAGAGAGGUAUCUUUCACUUUUCUUUCUUAUCGUUAGGCUUCUCUCGUUUUUCUUGUAAACUACUUUCGGACUUUAAAACAAGUCGAAAUCGUCGGACUUUGGGGAAGUAACCUUAACACUGUGGCUACCAUGACAACAGAGGCAAGUGCGGUGAGCGAGGCGGACACUGAGGGCAAGCAGAAGGCCAGCGGUGCCGAACCCGAGCCCGAAUCCGAGAACAAACAGAAGCCUGAGGCGGCUGCGUCUGAGCCGGAGGGGGAGCAGUCGAGCAGCCAGAAGGCCCAGGAACAGGCCUCCGAGCCUGGGGCCGCUAACGUCGCUACCUCACCUGAGGAGGAGCAGGUGAAGCCUCGUACCCGGACCUCCGCUGGCAAAGGCCUUUCUCGCCUCUUCUCAUCUUUCCUCAAACGGCGUUCACAAUGCUCAGAGGGUGAGGGGUUUGAGGAAGAGAAAGCCAGGGAGGAAAAGGCGGAUAAGGAGGAAAAAACUGACACGGCGGUAGAAGAGAAGGUGGAAGAGGUGAAAAGUGAGGACAAGGAGGCUAAAGCAGAAGUUGAGAAAUCUGAGGUCAAAGAAGAGAAAAAGAUAGAAGAGGAACAAAAAGAACAAAAGAAGAAGGAGCCGGCAAAGGUUGAGAAGAAGGGCAGUAAAAGGAAAAAGAAAGAGGCCAAGAAGAAAGCGGAGGAGAAGGAAGUGGAGAAAGUGAAAAAGGAUGAGGUGAAAAAUGAAGAGGAACCUGUGAAAGAGAAAGAAGAACCAACAGAGGAGGAGAAAGAAUUGCGUUCUGCUGAAACAAAGGAGGAACAACCAGAGACUAAAGAUGAAGAAAAUAAGCCGACUGCUGAAGUAAAAGACAAGGAGGCAGAGGUGGAACAGAAAGAGGUGGAACAGAAAGAGGAGGAACAGAAAGAGGAGGAACAGAAAGAGGAGGAAAAGAUUGACAACAAGGUGACAAAGAAAAAAGAGAAAGAAGAAAAGGUAAAGAAGAAGGAAGAGGAAAAAGCCAAGAGGAAAGCAGAAGAGGAAGGAAGAGCGAAGAAGAGAGAGGAAGAGAAGGCCAAGAAGAGAGAGGAAGAAAAAUCCAGAGAGGCCGAAAAAGCCAAUAAGAAGGAGGAGGAAAAGGCCAGAGAGGCCGAAAAAGCCAAGAAGAGAGAGGAGGAAAAGGCCAGAGAGGCCGAAAAAGCCAAGAAGAGAGAGGAGGAAAAGGCCAAAAAGAAAGAGGAGGAGAAAGCGAAGGAGGAGAAAGCAAAGAAGAAAGAAGAGGAGAAAGCAAAGGAGGAGAAGGCAAAGAAGAAAGAGGAGGAGAAACCAAAGGAGUCGGAAAAAAAAGUAGAGGCAAAGAAGAAAGAGGAGGAAAAAGAGAAGGAGGAGAAGCCAAAGAAGGAAGAGGAAAAAGGGAAGAAAAAAGAGAAGGGAAAGAACAAAGGGAAGAAGGAGGCCAAAGGAGCCAGCGAGGAGCAGGUGAAAGCGCCGAUCGCUGCUCCAGAGCCGGAGCUCAAAACUGAGCCGGACAUCGAACAGGCUCCUGAUCAGCACUCGAUAAGCAGCACAGAGCCAGCUCAGGAGGAACACAAGGAAACAGCGGCAACAAAGAAGGAGCCCGAAGCGGUGGAAGAAGGGAAGGAGGAAGACGUGGAAAAGAAGGAGGAGGAACCAGCGGAAAAGGAGGAAGAAGUUAAAAAAGAAGAGGAAACGGCAACAGAGGUGACAAAGAAGGAGAAGCCUGCAAAAGAGAAGAAAACUGAAAAGACAACUGAAAAGACGACUGAAGAGGCGAAAGGCCCCAAACGCCAGAAAACCAUGCAAUGCAAAGUCACCUUACUGGACGACACUCUGUUUGAGUGUGAGCUUGAUAAACAUGCUAAAGGCCAGGAGCUUAUAACAAAGGUCUACGACCAUGUCAACCUGCUGGAGAAAGAUUACUUUGGCCUGGGUAACUGGGAAACCCCAACCAACAAGACAUGGCUGGACCCUGCAAAAGAGAUCAGGAAGCAGGUUUCAGGUGCCGUUUAUGAGUUUACAUUCAAUGUGAAGUUCUACCCUCCUGAUCCAGCACAGCUUACUGAGGACCUCACCAGGUACUUUCUAUGUCUCCAGCUGAGGAAGGACAUCAUGCGCGGAAUUCUUCCCUGCUCCUUUGUCACACUAUCCUUGCUGGGUUCCUACGCGGCCCAGUCAGACCUCGGGGAGUAUGACCCAGAGCUCCAUGGAGUAGAGUACGUUAAAGAUCUGAGUCUGGCCCCCGGACAGAGCAAAGAGCUGGAGGAGAAAGUGAUGGAGCUGCACCGCACAUACAGGUCAAUGAGCCCCGCCCAGGCAGACACGUUGUUUCUUGAAAAUGCCAAGAAACUCGCCAUGUAUGGAGUCGACCUGCACCAAGCCAAGGAUCUGGAUGGUGUCGACAUUACACUGGGGGUCUGCUCCGGUGGUCUGAUGGUUUACAAGGACAAGCUGAGGAUCAACCGUUUCCCUUGGCCCAAAGUGCUGAAGAUCUCUUAUAAACGCAGCAGCUUCUUUAUCAAGAUCCGUCCUUCAGAGCAAGAGCAGUACGAAAGCACAAUUGGUUUUAAACUGCCCAACUACAAAGCCUCAAAGAAGCUGUGGAAAGUCUGUGUUGAAAACCACACCUUCUUCAGGGUUUCAACAGUGGAGCCUCCCUCAUCGCGUCGCUUCCUCGUCUUGGGCUCAAAAUUCCGGUACAGCGGGCGCACACAGGCCCAGACCCGACAGGCGAGCUCCAUGAUCGACCGUCCAGCCCCUCGCUUCACACGCUCGGCGAGCAAGAGGCUGUCGCGUAACCUAGAUGGAGCUGGAGAUGAGACUCUCCAGUUACUCUCAGCGUCAACAAGGUCUGAGACUGAUGAUUGGUGGUCGAUGCUGGGGUCUGACAGACCUCAGCCUCCUCCUGAUUUCCCAGCCAGAGCCGAGUCUAAUCAAACCUUCAUUCAGUCCUGGGAGGAGGAGCAGUGUUCUGUUCAGACAGUCACAGUGACCCGGCCGGACACUGGUCAGACUGGUUCUCAAACCAUCAGCCAAACAGAGGAAGACGAGUGGUCUGCCCAGCUGGAUCGCCAUCCUCCAUUUCCCUUUGUCCAACCUUUUGAUUUUGUGAAACAGCAAGCUGAGCUCAGCUUGACAACCAUGAGCUAUGAGGACAGGCUCUUGAGUCCUGCACUGAGAGAACAAGAUGAUUGGUUCCUCUAUUUUGACCGAAUCUUCAGCCUGUCUUCACUUGUUGAAAAACCAUUCUCUCCCCACGCACAGUUGCAGAUCCAGGAUAAGGACGAGCAGGAGCUGACCAGUGAGGAGGUUAUUGAGAGGCUUCAGGAAAUGGGGACCUUGGUGGAUAAGCUGAUAGAGGCAAAUGCUUUGGAAAGGAAGCUAAGGGAAGUGAGGGAUUUGGAGGAAAGGCUCGAAGAAGUGGAUGAGAUGGCAGAGAAACUUCAAGAAGUGAUAGAGCAAGAAUUAGGGAAGGAGGAGCUAGCGAAGUUAAUAAAAGAAAAAGAGGAGGAAGAGGGUGAUGUAGAAACAGAAGUACAAGUGGAAGUUAUAAAUUUCCCUUGUGUGGAGGCAAAAGAGGAGGAAGUGGAUGAACUGGAAGAGCAAAUCAAGCAGGUAUUUUUAAAAGGUUUGUUGCCUGAAGAGUCUGAGGUGAAGCCAGAGGCUGAAAAAGAAGUGAUGGAUGUGAGUCUGUUAGACGACAGCUUGAGAGAGACGCUACGUCACAUAGAAAAGGAAUGGCAGGAUGAAGUGGAGGAGAAGUUUGCCCCUAUAGAUGUUGUCAGCACCACAUCCGUAGUGGCACAACAGAAGGUGGUGCGCAGGACUAAGAAGAAAGUGACUAUUGUAGAUGAGAGAGACAAAAAAAAGGAAGAUGGAGUAGGCAUUCAGGUUCAGACUUUAGCAAUAUCAGAGGAGAGGUUAGAAAAACAACAGAUAUGGCUUAAGACAGAUGUGCUGGAGGAGAGGACGGAGAGAGAGGUUACAGAGAGGCCUCAGACUGAGGUUGAAGAUAAAGAUGUCUGGUUCAUGUUCUUUGAUCGUCCUGCAGAUAAACCUCUUUACAGACCACCAGUUGUCGCUGUGGAACACGCCCUAGUGGAAAAAGGCGAGUGUUUCAUCUCAAAGCCUGAGACUACAGCAGUUUUGGAGAAAACAGAGAUAAUAAUAGAAGAGAGAAUAAUACGAGAAGAGCAGGCAUGGAGUGCACCUGAGAUCCCGUCCCCACAGACCAUCACAGACAGAGAGGAUGACUGGUUUGUGUUGCUGGAUGUGAUUCCCAGAGAAACUCCUUGCGUACCUCCAGUAUCAGUCGUCAUCAAGGAGCGAGGCCAGAUGGAGGCUGAAAGUAUCGUCUCUGUGGGUGGAGCUGCAGCUGAUGAGAUUAGAGAAGUAGUUGUUGAAGAGAGAAAGAUAAUAGAAGAGGCACCGAGACGUCUACAGGAAAUCGCACAACGGCCAGUAACAGACCGAGAUGAUGACUGGUUUGUGUUGCUGGAUGUUGUUCCCAGAGAAACUCCUUAUGUACCACCAGUCAUCUUGAAGGAGCGAGACCCAAUGGAGGCAGAGAGUUUUGUCUCUGUGGUUGGAUCUGCAGCAGAUGAGGGAAUUAAAGUUGUGGUUGUUGAAGAGAGAAAGAUAAUAGAAGAGGCACCGACACUACAAGAAAUCACACAGCAGCCAGUGCCCGAAAGAGAUGAUGACUGGUUUGUGUUGCUGGAUGGUGUUCCUAGAGAAACUCCUUAUGUACCACCAGUCAUCUUGAAGGAGAGGGACCCGAUGGAGGCUGAGAGUAUUGUCUCUGUGGCUGAAUCUGCAGCAGAUGAGGAGAUUAAAGUUGUGGUUGUUGAAGAGAGAAAGAUAAUAGAAGAGGCACCAACCUUACAAGAAAUCGUCCAGCAGCCAGUGCCCGAAAGAGAUGAUGACUGGUUUGUGUUGCUGGAUGGUGUUCCUAGAGAAACUCCUUAUGUACCACCAGUCAUCUUGAAGGAGCGAGACCUGAUGGAGGCAGAGAGUUUUGUCUCUGUGGCUCGAACUGCAGCAGAAGAGGAGAUUAAAGUUCUGGUUGUUGAAGAGAGAAAGAUAAUAGAAGAGGCACCGACUCUACAAAAAAUCGCACAGCGGCCAGUGACCAACAGAGAGGAUGACUGGUUUGUGCUGCUGGAUGUUGUUCCUAGAGAGACGUCAUAUGUUCCACCAGUUGCUGUUCUGCAGCGUGUUGAAGUGUCACCAGAAGAAUGUGUCUCUCUGGUUGAAAUCACAACCAUUGAGCAGAGGGAAACUCGAGUGGAGGUUGUAGUAGAAGAUGCACAAAUAAAACAAGAGCCGAGUGAAACGGGAAUAGUUGCACGCCCACAGGCUGUAAAAGAGAUAGAAGAUGACUGGUUUAUCCUGCUGAAUGUUCCCAUUAGAGAAGCAGCAUUUGUGCCGCAAGUUACCAUGCUUCAGGUUUAUCCUGAGGAAAGCAUUUCUGCUGUGGCUGAAAUGAUAGCAUUGGAGUCCAAGAAGGAAGUUGUGAUCGAAGAUGUUGUGAUGCAAAUGGAGGAAAGGAAGCUGCCCAUGCAAUUAAUUUCAGAGCUGAAAAUAUCUCAGCCUGUGAGAGCGAGAGAUGACGACUGGUUUCUGUUGCUGGAUGUUGUUCCCAGAGAAACUACAUAUGUGCCACCAGUUUCUCUGGCAGUGCCGAGCCAAAUUUAUCCGAGUGUUGAACCUCAGGUUGAAGUGAAAAGCAUAGAGAAGAAGGAGCGUCAGGUUGAACUUCACCAGGUUAGACCGCAGCCGCCCCGGCCACAUCCAGAGAACGACCCCUGGUUUGUGCUGUUCGAUGCUAUUCAUGAAGAAACAGUCGUGAUACCAGCAGUUUCCCCUGUUGAGAUUAUUCUGGAUGUGAGGGAAACGUUUGAGGUUGAGGUGACAACCACAGAGACCAGAACAUUGAAGAAGAUGAUAAUUGGUGUGGACAGCAGACAAGAUGAGACACGUUUGUCUGAAAUUAGACCAAUCCAAGUGGCAUCACCGUCAGAGAGGGAGGGAGGAGAUGAUUGGUUGGUCCUGUUCGACAUCGUCAAAGAAAAACCUGUUUUCGUACCACCAGUUGCUGUGGUUGAGCAUGCUGUCGAUGUUGUUGCUGGGAGAAAGGUGGAGGAUGUUUUGUUUAUUCCUCUGGAUGUGACCCCUAAGAAAUCAGUUGCUGUGGUUGAGCAUGUUGUGGGAACCAUUGAAAGAAAGGUGGUCGACGAUUGGUUUAUUCUUCUGGAUUUGACUCCUAAGAAAUCAGUUGCUCUCGCUGAACGCAUCCAGCUCCCAGCAGAGGUCAGAGUUCCAUCUGCUGUAGCCAAAAAGAAGGUCACUAUUUCCGAGAGGAGACCUCGGUUCGAGGACCGGAUCCUGGAGGAAAGACUUCCGCUCAUAAAGACACAUGUCAAUGAGGAUUGGUUUGUUCUUCUUGAUGUUGACCGCAAAAAGUCAGUGGUGAUCACGCAGAGGGGUACUCGUCCUGUCAGCGCUCCGGUCUUCUCCCAGGCUGCUCUGGCUGAGGCAGGGAUCCCCAUGGCCCCCUUUGAUCAGCCCCAGACCUCCACUCCUAUUAAAACCAGCCGCCAGGACGAGAGAAAGCUGGAGGUCACCGUAGAAGCCGUGGAGCCCUCAAAGAUUGAGGAGGUGACUGAGGUCAAGCCAGCAGCGUGGAGGGACCAGGGAGAAGUAAACGCUUCACUGAUAUCCACCAUCAAUGGGGACAUUCAGCACGAGUCAGAGGUCAAAAGCACGGAGGUGGUGCGAAUGCGAAAGAAAAGAGCAAAGAAAAUUGAACGUGACUCAAUUUAUAUCAGACAUAGCCUUUUAAUGUUGGAGGAGUUCGAUAAGCCUCAGGAGGAGCUGAUCAGGCAUCACGCCAGCAUCAGUAAGCUAAAGAAGAACUUCAUGGAAGCCGUCCCGGACCAGAGGCCCAGUGAGUGGGACAAGCGUCUGUCCACACACUCUCCGUUCCGCACCCUGGGUAUCAAUGGUCAACCUCUGCUCGGUGCAGAUGGGAGUUUGUUCAUUAGUUCCCUUUGCAAUGGUUCAGAGAAAGAGGAAACCAGCAGCAGUUUGGGCUCAUCAGGCGCAUGCAGGCCCGCUGUGUGCCUCAAGAGGGAGCCUGAUAGUGUCGAAGCCCACGGUGCUCCUGUUGAGGAAGACUCAUGUGAUCAAGAUGGUGUUGUAGUUUUUGAGACUUCAUUGGGGCCCAUCCUAGAGGAGGAGACGGCCCAGUUGCCUGCCUUCCUCGAGCCUGGCUGUAAAGCUUUAGAUGAGACCCAGGAGGAAGGAGGAUCAUGUCCUGCAGUGUCGGAGCGCGCUGGGAGGAUAGUCGGAUCUGCCCCGGCCUCCUAUUUCAGGAGCCAGGGUCCACAGGUCAUACGUUGCUUCCAGUUAAACAGACAACAACUCAUGGGGCUAUGCUCCCAUCCACAGCCCCCUCUGGUGCAGACCCAGACAGUCACCAUCACAGCUGCCUCCAUCUCCUUACCCACCGGCAUCUCCACCACAGAGGUCCCUAUCGUCCCGACCAAGACCUUCACCUAUGAGUCUUCAAAGGUUGAUGGGACAGACGAGGACAAAGACAGCACAACGGUGUCCAGCUCCCAGACCUCAGAGACCCCUAGUGGCACGACAGUCACCACCACUACCACUCACAUCUCAAAGGUAGUGAAAGGUGGAUCCUCAGAGACUCGUGUGGAGAAGAGGAUCGUCAUAACUGGAGACUCUGACAUUGACCAGAAUAAGAAGAAACAUGGCGGAGCAUCAGCAUUGUAACUGAAUCACCACUUUCAUUUAUUUCCUGGACCCUCCACGUCCGCCACCCCGUGAUCGGCACCAACUGACCAGCUCUAUCUACGCACACAAAUACCCCAAAAGAAAUAUUUCACACAUCUGCAACUAAAUCUAAUAACUUGAGUAGACGAAAUGUUUGUCGAAUCUUUUUUGUUUUUCAGUCGGAAUGUUCAUUGUAGGUAGACAGCGGCAGCACAGGUGUUCAGUUCUUGUUAAAUGCUUAUCCUGAUGUUCGAAAAAUACGCUUAGCAAAUACACUUCUAUUGGUUGAAAGACAGCAUUUUCAGUUAUGUGAUCUCAGUUAUGUUUGCUUUUAAAUGCUUUUAAUUUCCUAGUUGUUUUUAAAUUGUUAAUUUUAUACAAACGCACUGUUGCCAUGCUAGUUUAGACACAGUUUUCAGCAUUUAUCCCCUUGGUGCUGUGAGAGAACGUUAAGACUACAUUCAAGGUAACUCUUGUUGUUUGCGGGUCUAUUUAAUUCAGGAGAGACCUUUUUCUUUCUUUUUUAUGAAAUGACAUACCUCACAUUAAUAUGUGAACAAAGAUAUUCUGUGCUUUGGACAGUUUGCUCGCUUUGUUCACUGCUCAGGUACAAAAACAAAAACCUAAAAUCUUUUCUUUUUCCAAACCAGCGAAGGAAAUGGUAGCCUACACGUCAUUGUAAAGUUUGAAUUACAAAUUGAUCUAUUUUGAAAUAUUUCUCUAUUUUAUAGAAUUGAUGCUUUUAUAGUAUUUGUACAAAUUGAGGUUUUUAAGUUAUUCAUAUCCAUCUUCUCAUGAAAUUGUAGGUUGCCAAUGUGCUGUUUACCGAAUCUUAAGUCUUGCCUGACGCCCUGAAUCAUUCUUAUUCGUUUCCUCUUGUAGUCCACCAAGUUUCUCAAACCUUUUCACAAUUUACGUGUGACAAUGGAGUGCUUCCCACAGCCAUGUUUUAUUAGGUAGCAUAGAAGUCAUAACUGCUUUCAAUAUAUUUGGUUGAUUUAAAAACAAAAAAAAGUCUGUUUAUCUCAGGUUUUGAUAUUCUUUGUAAGACUACAGACCUCCAUGACUGUAUGUGGAAUGUCCAUAUAUGUAUAUCCAUCCCUGUUACCCUACCUACAUGUACAUUUAUGUUCAGCUGAGUGAGGUCAAUUCAUAUAAAAGCUUGUCUUUCACGGUAAACACAUGUAUAAGAGGUGAAGGCAGCUGUCCCUGUAUAUGUGGCUUUUCUCUCAUAGGAGCACAAGUUGUAUUUUUUACAUGUUCUACUAUACAGUAAUUUAUUUGUAAAGUAGGAAAUGUUUCAUGUGAGUUGAUGUACUGUGAUGUUUCAACACAAGCUGGUUUCCACUGAAGAUGUCACAAUGUUAAAUAUUCCAUUCAUUAUCAACCAAGUUUGUAAAAGCCUUUUUACCAUAUACUCGUAGUAGAUUUGCUCUCUCACUUGCUGUUAUCCUGGAUCUUUCCAUAGAGGUGGAAAUACUUAAAAAAUAUACGAUCCCUUUUUAGAUAGAAUGUUUGUUAGCAAACUUUUUUUUUAAACCAAAAAAGGAGUUAUUGUAGUUACAAGAACAACAGCAAACUCCCCUGGAAGAAAUUGUAGAAUUCCACUUGAAGAAAAUUAGUUUUUAGACGAUGGAAAAUAUUGUUGCUUUGUGACUUAUCCGUCUUUUUAUGAAAAAAAAUAAAAUAUGCAUUACUUUGCA